AUGCCUCCUAAAAGGAAGUCUAAGGUCGGCGGUUUGGCAGAGGUGUCAACGCCAAAAGCGUCGUCUACUCCCGCGCGCGAUGACGAUGCUAUGGAUGUUGACACGCCGCAAGCUGCAGAUACCCCUCGAGCCGCCGAUACUCCUACAGCUUCCAAGCCUAAUUUACCUCCGCCAUCCGAGAUCCUCAAUAAUCUCUGGACCGACGAUCAGGAAUCCUCCCUAUUCAAAGCAGUUAUUCGCUGGAAACCAUCCGGAAUUCAUAAACACUUUCGCAUGAUUUCUAUUUCGGAACAUCUCCGCAACCAUGGGUUCGAUCCGGACGUCGAGACGCACACGCGCAUACCAUGUAUAUGGGACAAACUACGACUUUUCUACAAUAUGGAUGCUAUAGACGAGCGCGAUAACUCCUUCGACUACGUUAAGGGCGAAACCGAAGGCCAAGAUGAGGAACCUCCUGAGCAGAAGUACAAUUAUUUCGACCUACCUGCGGACGAUUUUCAUGAUCUCAUGUGGGCUCGCGCAGCGGCCGGACCUGGUGAAGAAUCGGCCCCGUCGGAUGCAGAAGCAGAAUCUCACGAAAAACACACGGUUUCUGGUAGGAAGCGCAAGCGUGGCAGCACUAGAGGAGGCGGUCAUGACGCCACGGCCGAUGCGGCGAGCGUCGCUGGUAGCACGACAACGAAGACGCGAAGGUCUAGUACCAUCGAUGACACCGAUCAAGAGACUCCGUUCCCCAGUAGUCCUGCGGGUCGGCCAACUGCGAGAGGUACUAGGAGCCAGAAGCGAGCUGCGGCGAAGGCAAAGGCAGAGAGCGUGGAACCAGACGUCGAAGAAGAACCCGAGGAAGAAGAUGAGGAUGUUGAAGAAAAUGAGAGUGAUGAAGAGGAAGAGGAAGAGGAAAGUGAGAAGGAAGAAGCCGACGCUGCCCCAACUACUAGAUCUAGUAGAGGGGGCGCCGCUACUAGAGGUCGGGCUGCCCGUGGGCGUGGUCGAGGGAAGCCAGGCCGAAAGAAGGGUUGA